CUACAAUAGUACGUACAUACUGUACUACUGUACCGUGCCGUACUAUGUUCUGUUGCGUGUUGCGCUAGUACCGUACGUACAUACCGUAUCGUACCGUACGGUAUCCUAUCCUAUCGUACUGUUUUGCWAUGUCACAACGGAACGAGAACGUACCAAGCACGGUACGUACCGUACGUACGAUUCUGUACGCAUCAAACCGAUGAUCCAGAAAUCCAGAAAACGAAAUUGAAACAGUCGCGUCGGUAAGCUAGCAAGUCCAUUGGUAACAAUCGCAAAAAAUAAAAAAUAGUAGUAGCUAUCAAACACUUGAUUCCGAUCAUGCUCGCUCACCUUUCACGGGUCGUUCUGAUGGUCCGUUCGGGAGAGGGGCUGACCAAAGCCUUGGAAUUUUACACGGCGGGGCUCGGCCUAAGUGCGGUUCGUGUGACGGACGAGUGGGCGGAUCUCAGAACGACGCCGCCAGCCAGUCCGCGUCCCGGCUCCGAUGUUGCAACCGCACCGCCACUGAGCAUUUGCCUCCGCGCGGUUACCUCCGAGGCCCAGGUCACGACGGGCUAUUCUCCCCUGUUGCAAUUCCAGGUCGAAAACAUGGACCAGGUGAUCGCCAAGUGCGUUCAGCUCGGCGGGAACCUCGACGGUCCGAUUCAAUACCCGGCCCAUGGAAAGAUUGCGGCCCUCCGCUCUCCCGACGGACACAUGCUCGGCAUCUACGAACCGGCGAAGGAGUAGCGCCGCACAAGAACGCACCACACGCCAGUAUGUGCACUGGAGCGGAACACGUCUUGUGCCGCCAAAUGGGGCGCGCUGUGCGAACACCACCGCGAUGCGUUCUGUGCCCGUGCGACUCAAGCUUUUUUCCAACCGAUAGUAGGGGAGAGAACGACGGAUAUGGCGCCAUUCAAAAAGAAGAAACGGUGCAUGAUGCAUCGCACGCUGCGACACGGCAUGGCCACCAUUGACGACAACUUGCAMGGUUGUCCCGAUUUGUACGAAGGGAAAAGUUGAUAACCCCAGUACCAUAUGCAUCACUGAACAGUGGUAUUUUUCCAAAUAUCUCUCCCAUUUUCGAAUCAUUACUUCAUCUCGAAAAAAAAAGAGAAUGAAGAAUGAAAACAAUUCAAACCA